AUGAAGACUGGCGAAGAGGAGAGGGUACUGCAAGACGAGAGUCGCGUGGCUGGGCAACGAAGCCUGGAUCCGUUUGAGUUCCUUGUGGGCUACGCAGACGGAGGCUGCGGCUGCCAGAAGGCGAAGGAGGGGGGAGCAACAAUCCUUGAGGUUGGCUGCAGUGGCCGCACCCGGUGUAUAACGAGGCAUUACGAGGAAGCAAUGUCUGAGGGGGUGUAUCUCAAGGUGUAUUCAGUAGGCUUGUUCUGGAUGGUCUUUCCAAAACAAGCCUACUACGCCCGCAACAUUUCAUACCUUACCCUUAGGGUAAAUUUGCGCAAUGAAACCGCAAUCAGCCUAUAA